AUGGCUAGCGAACUGACUGCUCCAGAUGAGCGCUCAUCUUCUGAUGCUGUCAUCCAAGCUCAGGAUAUGGCAGAUCUCGCGCAAGUCGGCUAUCCUAGCGAUGAUAAUACGUUUGCGAGCGGCUCAACUCUGCUAUCAGAGUCUACAGAACCAAGCGAUCACAAAGAGUCGGGGACGGAUUUAGCCGGAGAAGGAGUGGAAACUCACAAUGAUUCACUGUGUAUCCUAGAUCUCUCCCGUAGUGGCCAAACCGGCGCCAUAUCCUCAGCCCAAGAGAGCACAGGCGAAGAGGAGACAAAUCAGCCAGAAGAGAAAGAAGAUAAGGAGGAGAAGGAGGAGGAGAAAGGGGAGGAGAAGGAGAAGGAGGAGGAUGAGGAUGAAGAGAUUGAGCCGUUGAGUCCCGAAGCUCUCAUAGGGGACGUCUGCCGAAUUGAUGGACGCUACGAACUAGACACCUUCAAGCAUGUUUAUUGCGACUACAAUCCUGCUAUGGGGCCUCCUAGCGGACGAAAGUCCGGUAUUCCCAGGAGAUACCACGAGUGGGCCUUGCUUCUGAUCCGUCAGUUUGACGAACAGCUCGAACUGCAGCGGACAUACCUUCAAAUCAACAGUUCUUUGAUCCUGCAAGCUCUGAAGAAUGCCAGCAGAUCAGAGAAAGCUUCAUUUGAGAGAGCUCAGAUUCCUUGGCCUAAUGAUGAUAUCUUUAGAUACAGAGAACUGAUUCGCGAGGCUGCGAAAGGAAUCUCUGACCUCGCCAUCAAGCAUGUUGAUGUUUUGCUGCGACUGGUUGAGGCCGAGUUUGCAGAUCGGCUUGCCGACUUGAAGAACUUGCUUCCGAAAGGGAUUGUCUCCUUUGCAAUCUUGCGAGAGCUCUUUUGGCCCGGCGACAUUGUGAUUUCAUUCGAAUCAGCUGAGCCAAGAGCAUAUCGAGUCCUAGGCGCUUCCUUUAAAAAGGUCUCGUCUUCUUCCCCCAUUCAACUGAAGAUCAAGGCCGAAUACAUUGACUUUGACGGUGAUAACCUUGGCACUGUCAAGAGUUCCUUGUACAUCACUGAAUUUGAGGAUGUGAUGUACUUACGCGACCUUACAAUUUGUCCCCUCGCCCAUGUUCCAAACAAGGAAGCCGUACUUGAGAGAUUGGAAAAACGAGGUACGAAGUUCCUCAGUUUGAAAGGGAAACACUUCAAAUUCUGUGACGGUGUUGCAAAUUCGCUCGAUUACGGCCGCGCGGAGUCCUAUUCCAAUAUGCUUACCGUCCAGGUCCGUUCUCGUGUGAUGGUGGAUGCCUCGAUGCUCAAAGAAUUCCAUCCGUCAGAUUCAUUUGAAGUCUCUUCGAGAGAAAACCAGGAUGAACAAUCAGAACUUUCUCGUGAGGAAUUGCUUAUCUGCACGAACGUGGUGCUGGUCUUUUCUUUCAAACACAAGUCCUGCUUCUGGGUGAACGUGCAUCAUAUCAGCGACAUCGCGUUCAAUGAUCGAGCUUUCGAUCAAUUAAUCCUUCCGCCGGCUCAAAAGGAUCUUGUGCGGGCUUUUACCAACUCAUACUCGGCUGGAGACGAGUUUGAUGAUUUCAUUGCAGGCAAAGGAAAAGGUCUUGUCUUCCUGUUACAUGGCCCUCCUGGAGUUGGAAAAACCAUGACUGCCGAAGCUAUCUCGGAUCUUCUGCGAAGACCUUUGUACGCGAUCACCUCAGGCGAAUUGGGUACCUCGCCUUCUGAAAUGGAGAGGAAUCUUGAAAAUGCUCUGGACAAAGCCUCCUUCCUCUCGGCAGUGCUUCUCCUCGACGAAGCAGAUGUCUUCCUCGAGCAGCGGAACGUACAUGACCUUACGCGCAACGCACUAGUCUCGACAUUCCUUCGGCUUAUCGAGUACUACAAGGGCGUCAUGUUUCUGACCACUAAUCGUGUGAACAUUUUUGACACGGCCGUCAGCUCACGGGUUCACAUCACGCUUCACCUUAACGAACUCACCAUCGAGUCCAGGGAAAGUGUCUGGCGAAAUCUGAGCGAGUUGAAUAAAGUUGAUCUGGACGCCACUGCACUGGCUCAUAGACCGCUGAAUGGUCGUCAGAUCAAGAAUGCGUUCCGGAGUGGAAUGAUCCUUGCCAAAGAUAAAGGAGAGACGCUCUCUACGGAACAUGUUCAGACUGUUUUUGAGGCGAUGACUUUUAUGGAAUCAUAG